AUGUCGGAAGAUAGCGCGAAUUUUUGUAGAAUUGCAAAAGAGACAAGAAAGGACCAACAGAAGCAUAUUUCACCAGAAUGUAUGGAACUGAGCAAAAUCUUUACUCUAAAAGCAAACAGGUUUACUGAGGAUGAUUUUAUCAAACUAUUCAAGAAAGUUCAGAAUUGCGGAUGGGUGAAAAAUUCUACAGAGCACAGAAAGAUCCGAUCACAGCUACAGAAAUGCUGCAAUGCAUCAAAAAAUUUCAUUAUUACACAAGUCAAUUAUCCACUGGGUACAAGCAUCAGUUAUGCAGCAGAAAACAAAACAAAAAUUACAGUUACCAAAGACAUCUUUGACCUGAUUCCGAAGACAGAUCCAUUUCAAUGUCACAAACUUAAACAUUGCUCAGUUGUUGGAAAUGCUGGAAUUCUAAUUAACAGCAGCUGUGGAGCUGAAAUCAAUGAGGCUGACUUUGUAUUCAGAUGCAAUAUUCCACCAAUCAAGGAUUAUAAUGAUGAUGUGGGAACGAAAACAGACAUGGUGAUAUUAAACCCAAGUAUUCUUAGACUCAGAUUUCAAAGUCUGGAUUCAAGGCGAAAGCCAUUUAUGGACUACGUAUCCAUCUAUGAAAAAGCAUUGAUUCUGCUGCCUGCAUUUUCUUAUUCAUAUAAUACUUCAAUUUCAUUUAAAGUGUCCUUCGCACUGCAAGAUUUUGGAGCAAAACAACAGACGAUAUUUUUAAAUCCAUCAUACCUGAAAUCACUUAUUCAAUUCUGGAAAGAUCAAGGUAUAAGAGAAAUGUCUCUUUCUACUGGUCUCAUAAUAUUAAGUGCAGCAUUGGAAAUGUGUGAAGAGGUCUGGGUAUAUGGGUUCUGGCCCUUCUCUAAAGAUGUACAUGGAAACCAGUUGCUCCAUCAUUACUUUGAUAAUAAAAUGCCAAAGGCAGUUCACUCAUUUCCUAAUGAAUUUUACAAACUACUACUGCUUCACAUGAAAGGGGUUGUGAAAUUGCAAGUUGGUCAAUGUGAAAAAUCCUCUGUGGAAGUCACUUUUUAG